CAUCAAAAAACGGUUCCUUCUUUCGCGGGAACUUUGAAGCAAACAGGCGAUGCUCUCAUUAACUUUCUUUUCGCCAUACAUCACUUUCUCUCCGCAACCUUCACUUCUCACCAUUAAACCAUUAAAAUCUCCAAAAGACAAACAUAACUCAGAAACGAGAAACACUGGUUAUCAUAACGACCGCUCAAGUUUCCAUUGCUUUUCUAAUAAAACCCCAUCUUCUACCUCCCAUUGUGACAACUCAAGCGACAUUGUCGGUUUUCAACAUAACCCAGAUGCCGAUUCUUCGGAUACAGGCUCCGUGAGUCAAUGCGUUGACUCUAACGAGCUUGCUGUUUGGCUUCAGAGAUGUAAUAGUGUAAAACAAGUUAAAAGAAUACAUGCUAUUGCCUUAAAGUGUUUGAGUAACUCGGUGACUUAUGUUGAUAAUAAUUUGAUUAGUGUGUAUGUAAAAUUUGGGAAACUAAUUGAAGCUCGAAAAGUGUUUGACAAAAUGCUGGAGAGGAACGUUGUUAGUUGGACCGCGAUGGUUAAUGGGUAUUUGAAAUUUGGUUUUGAUGAUGAAGCUUUAAGGCUCUUUAGUGAAUCGAUAAGAAGUGUGGUUCGAGCGAAUGGGAAGAUGUUUGUGUGUGUAAUGAACUUGUGCAGUAGGAAGUUAGAUUUGGUGCUGGGAAGACAAAUUCAUGCUUGUGUUGUAAAGGGUAAUUGGAGAAACUUGAUUGUGGAUAGUGCGAUUCUUCAUUUUUACGCGCAACUUGGUGAAUUGUCUUGUGCUUUUCGUGCCUUUGAUGGGAUGUCGGAGAGGGAUGUGGUUUCAUGGACGACUAUUAUUACUGCCUGCUCGCAACAAGGGCAAGGGGAUGAGGCUUUUUUGAUGUUUUCGCGAAUGUUAAUUGAUGGGUUUUUGCCUAAUGAGUUCACGGCGUGUAGUGUUUUGAAGGCUUGUGCAGAGGAAAAGGCACUAAAAUUUGGGAGGCAGUUACACGGAGCUAUAGUUAAGAAGACAUAUAACAAUGAUGUGUAUAUAGGAACUUCUUUAGUAGAUAUGUAUGCAAAGUGUGGGGAGAUUUUGGACUCUAGAAAGGUAUUUGAUGAAAUGAUGAAUAGAAAUACAGUUACAUGGACUUCAAUUAUAGCAGGGUAUGCUCGGAAAGGACUUGGUGAAGAAGCUAUAAACCUUUUUCGAGUAAUGAAGAGACGAAAAAUAAUUGCCAAUAAAUUAACUAUUGUGAGCAUCCUUAGGGCUUGUGGUCUGAUUGGGGCUGUCCAGACAGGGAUGGAAGUACAUGCACAAAUAAUCAAGAAUUGUAUCCAAACUAAUGUAUACAUAGGAAGCACUCUUGUGUGGUUUUACUGUAAAAGUGGGGAGUCCCCUACUGCAUACAAGGUCCUCCAGCAGAUGCCUCUUAGAGAUGUGGUCUCAUGGACAGCCAUGAUUUCUGGUUGCGCAAGUCUUGGUCAUGAGUCUGAGGCUCUCGAUUUCUUGAAAGAUAUGUUGGAGGAAGGUGUGGAGCCAAAUCCGUUCACUUAUUCUUCAGUUCUGAAAGCAUGUGCUAUGCUAGAAGAUAUUACGCAUGGGAAAUUGAUCCACUCCUCUGUGAAGAAGACUACAGCAUUCUCUAAUGUGUUUGUGGGUAGUGCUUUAAUUAAUAUGUAUGCUAAAUGUGGAUAUGUAUUGGAGGCAUCUCAAGUUUUUGACAGCAUGCCUGAGCGGAACUUGUUCGCCUGGAAGUCUAUGAUUGUGGCCUACGCAAGGAAUGGACUUUGCCAGGAGGCAUUGAAGCUCAUGUACCGGAUGCAAGCAGAAGGAUUUGAAGUAGAUGAUUAUAUCCUUACGACAGUUUAUAAUGCAUGUGGAGAUAUUGAGUGGGAUAUGGAGCUUUCAUCUGGAUGUUGCUUGCAGUCUAGUUGACCUUUGCCUAAUCAGAAGUUCAGAUGAUUGCUUGAACUGUUUAUGAAUGGAUGAUGCUUGUGCAGAUCACAGAUGUUCCAUCAAAUUCUUUCGUAUAUAUCACAUGGAUUCUAGCAAAUAUAAAGGGUUGAUCAGUUUCAAGUACCCCCAUGUCCUCAGAAACCAGAAUCGAUCCUACCUCCUAUUUGAUGAUAGCCUGGUACUGGUCUGUCUUACACAGAAGGUAUGAAGUUAGUACACAGACAGGAUGUCCUUACUCUUUUUGCUUUACUUAGAGAAGGUGGUUUGUCCGGCCCUGUUUCUUGGAUCUGUAAUAUAAGGGUCCUAAGAGAUCCUUUUGGGA